UGAGAAUCGCACUCGACGAGAGAUCAGAACCAGACGAUCACCAAACCCGCAGGCCAGAUGUUUCCGCUCGAAACAUGGACUCUCCCCUUACGCAGCAGACAAGACCGGAAACUUUUGAGCCCAAGGUCGUAGGGCUAUACCGGGAUCUCUUUCGGGAAAUCGAUGAAGACGAGAAAGAUGACGGGUUCUGGAGUACCUUGUUCAUCCUCAAGCCUGAUCUCGUUGCCCUCCGAGAGAUCCUAGACAACACCGAUGCGGAUUUCUUGCUUCAUCUGCAGCAUACUCCACAGCAAAUACUUGUCCAAGCACUCGCAGCGGUCAAGGCCGGAAAAGGUCCAGCCGAUGAAAAUGCUCUUGUCACCUUGACAGUGUUUUUCCAACGAGUGAUGAGCAAGAAGUUCAGCAACGCAAGUUCGGACAUCAUUGAAGUUCUUGCAGGCAUCGACAAUGUCGACGCUGUCUUCUACGAUCUGGUCGACACGCUCGAUCACGCGGUCAAGGAUGGGAGAUCAACUGAGCUGCGUCAAAAAGCCGUUCAAACAGCGACAUCUGUUGUGUCCGGUGGCUACCAAACAGCCUUGGUGUCCUACUUUGUCAAUCGAGACUUCUUUCCAGCGCUGAUGAAGCUGGUUCACCAGCUCGAAAGCCCACUCCAAGCAUCCGAACCUCUACUCCUCACGGGAUUACUUGCCAACUACAACAAAUUCGAGAUACACAACCAGUACCGAGUACGAUUCGCCGACUUUGUCAAUGAGGAGACUAUGACAAAGGUGGUACAAAGCCUGGCGUGGACGAGUACUCUCUUACUGGAGCGCUACGUUGCAAUCCUAGACGACACGCCAAGCACAUGGACCAUCGGCGGCACACUGUCCUAUGUUGGACUCGGCUCCCUAGCUGGUACCAAACCUGCUGCGCCAGUGUUGACAGAGGAUCAACAGAGGGCAUUGUUCUCGGAGCAACCCGGGCACGAGGCGGCCACCUUGCUUACGCUCUACGACUUUGCCCUUGCGAAUAAGCUCUUCUGCCAUCACCUCAUCAGCUUGCCCUCAACCGAGACGGGACAGCCAGCACCUUUCAGCAGCCUUUUAUCCUUCACGUCCUAUCUCUAUCAACAUGCUCAUAGAAGUUCCCGGGCAUCACUCUACGCUUACCUCACCUUGCUCAUCCUCACAAUCCUGGUCGAAGAUGCCACGAUAGCGAAAUCGCUCAACGAGACGACUGCACCUGUACGAUUGUGUCGACAGCGGUCUCCACUGCUACCUCUGCCGAAAGGCGAACGGCCAUAUACUGUGACCAUCAUUGAUCUCAUGGUAGACGGCCUGAACCAUAACCUACGAAAGCGGCUCGAUGUCAAGUUCUACCACCAGAGUUUGAUCGUACUGUCGCGCGUUCUGUCGCACCUGGCAAGGUCUCGCACGAAGCUAGCAUACCACUGGGCAGAGCUAUGGCGAUCCCUACUAUCGUUCGUCCGGUUCCUGACUACAUACGCCCACGAUCUCAAGAAUAUGUCAGGAGUGACGCAAAUGGCAGAGCAACUCGUCGACAUUCUCACCAUUGCUCUGACAAGUGGUGAGACAUUCCUGCCCGACGCACCGUCGUACGACGACCUAUUCUACAAGCUGGUAGAGUCUGGCGAAGCUCUGAUCAAGUUCCGAGAUAUCUAUCAGCUUGGAAAGCCAGAUGCUAAGCGGCCCAUCAACACUCUCAUUGGUAUCUCCAAGCACUACGAAGAGUUGAUUCAGGAGCAGAAGAGUAAAGUCACUCAUCUGACGCCGGCAGAAGUCAACAAAGUCAUCAAGCAAGGCUACGACACAUUGUCCAUCGAGACGAAGGAAGGUUUGGACAACAUGGAGAAGUUCCGCGAGAUUGAGCACAAGGUCGAGUUGAAGAAGAUAGCAAGAGUUGCAGUGGCAGACGCAGCGGCCUCGAUAUCCUAG